GUUAUGUCUAGGAGGCAUGCUUCUUAUUCACCUCUUUAUAGCGAUAAUACCUAAGGUUUUACAACUAGGUGAAAGUUGGCUGACGGCUUUGGAGAGCCUAUUGAAGUGGCAGGCCGCGCUUGCAGCAUGUUACAUCAUACAAUUGCCUACCAUGUGGACCUACCAUAGCCAAGUUUUCCUUAGUUCUACUCUUGGGGCGAUACCGAUA